AUGUCAACUUGGUUCUCAUCAUUCUCUCUUCCCAAUCCCUUCUCCGACGACGAUGACGGCUUCGGCGGUGGCGGCGGCGAAGAUCAAGACAGUAGUAAUGCUAAUUACGGUGAACCCUUUACUCACCGUCAUCCCCGGCCACCGAACUCGCCGAAUUCUACAUCUUCUCCGACUGCCGGCGUCAAACAAGACCUCUCUGCCCUCUCUCAGUCUUUCUCGCAGCAACUCCGGGGAGUUGCGGCGUUUCUGGCUCCGCCGCCGUCAACUGCUAAUAAUAGUUAUCUCGCCGAUAAAGAUGCUUCUAGUACUACUAGGAUAACGGCGUCGCCGCCUCCAACUCGUGAUUCUAAUGAAACAAUUACUGGGAUUAAAAAGGAUUUAGCUGAAAUUGGUGGCGGUUUUAAGUCCCUCUUUUCGUCUUCUUCCUCUGGGAUUUCGAAGUUUGCUUCUAACCUUUUACAGUUCCAAGGUGAUGACGACGCCAUCCGUGAGGAGUACGAGGAAGAGGAUGAUCAAGAAGAGGAAGAAGACCCCGAAGAGGACAUUCCUGGAAUUAACGAAGAUGUUGUGGACUUUGUGCGAAAAGCUUCCUUAAGGCCUGAGCUAUGGACUGAUUUUCCGCUCUCUUUACCCAUCGAUUUCAAUUUGUCUGAUGUUCAAAGAGAACAUGCUGCCACAAUUGAGGAAUUGGUCCCUAGCAUUCUGACUUUGAGGCAGACGUGCAAUAAUCUGAGUGAUGGACAGUUUUGGAUGAUCUAUUUUAUACUCUUGCUACCAAGAUUAAAUGAGACUGAUUCUGAGCUUUUAUCAACUUCUCAGAUUGUUGAAGUGAGAGAGACACUUUUGAAAAAAUUGCAAAAUAAAAAGGAUAAGGAUGCACAAAUGGAGAGUUCAGGUUCUGAAACUGGCAACACCUCUACCGGAAAUGAACAGAUAAAUGCAGCACAAGACUAUACAUCUAAGACAGCUGAUAUCACACCUGAGGAAGCCAGUAGCUCUGGGAAGAGAGAAGUUCAAACACUGUAUCCAGAGGAGUCAUUGAAGCAUGAAGAUGCUGGUAAGAAUAAGCCCUUGAAUGACUUGAAAGACACUGAGGACUUGGACGAUGUUUCAUUCAGUGAUCUGGAGGAUGAUGACAAUGAAUCAUCAGAUAGAGCAUCUUCAUUCAAGCCUUCUCAAAGUGGAAGAGCUUCAUCAGCCAGCGAGUCAAACGAAUGGGUUCGGUUAAAUGAAACUUCGGGAUCACAUGGUAGUCUGAAUAAGUCUGGAUUGCCAACUAGGCGUGGUAAAGAUUCAGAAGGCGAGGAUUCAAGCGACUGGCUCACAGUGGAUGACUCUGAUACGGACACAUUACCCGGUGCUCUUUGA